GGGAGGGGAGGGAGGUAGCAAGGUGGGGCAUGCAGGCAUGUGCACACAGACGCGCCCAGAGUGGCAGGACACGGCAUCCUCGCCCUAGCGCUCACGCGGAGAUCUCUGGCACCGCUGUCCUCAUGGCUGAAUGCCUUCCUCGCGGCUGAGGAACCACCGAGUCGGGCUCCGCUGACAUGAUGCUGUCACUGUGAAGAUGCUGAGGGCAGUACAACCGGUCGCGGCCCUGUUCCUACUCUCGUGCUGCCGCUACCUCUGCCUGUGUCAUGCAACACCCAAGCUGUCCUCUUAUGCCAAAAUGGAGGAUCGCUUACUCAAGCACCUCUUCAGCAAUUACCAGAAGUGGGUGAGGCCAGUGGAGCACCUGAAUGGAACGGUGCGGGUCAAAUUUGGACUCGCCAUAUCCCAGCUGGUAGAUGUGGAUGAGAAGAACCAGCUGAUGACAACAAAUGUGUGGAUGAAACAGGAAUGGGUUGAUAUGAAGCUACGGUGGAAUCCGGAUGAUUUCUUGGGAAUUACAUCAAUCCGUGUCCCUUCAGAUUCCAUCUGGGUUCCAGACAUUGUCCUCUAUGAUAAUGCAGAUGGUCAUUUUGAGGGGUCUAUGACAAAGAGCGUGAUCAAGCACGACGGUACCGUCCUGUGGAAGCCCCCUGCUAAUUACAAGUCAGCCUGCACUAUAGAUGUCACUUUCUUCCCUUUUGACCGGCAGAAUUGUUCUAUGAAGUUCGGCUCUUGGACAUACGACGGCUCACAGGUGGAUAUCCUUCUGGAGGACUUCCAUGUGGACAAACAUGACUAUUUUGACAAUGGCGAGUGGGAGAUUGUAACAGCCACUGGCAUUCGCAGUUUAAGGAUGGAUGGAUCCUGCGUCUAUCCCUUUAUUACUUACUCUUUCAUCAUCCGAAGAUUACCACUCUUCUAUACGCUGUUCCUCAUCAUACCAUGCAUAGGUCUCUCCUUUCUCACUAUCCUAGUAUUCUACUUGCCCUCCAACAGUGGCGAAAAGAUCUCCCUCUGCACCUCCGUGCUGGUAUCACUCACUGUCUUCCUGCUGGUAAUUGAGGAGAUCAUCCCAUCGUCCUCCAAGGUCAUCCCCCUUAUAGGGGAGUACCUGGUGUUCACCAUGAUCUUUGUUACGCUUUCCAUCGUCAUCACCGUCUUUGUCAUAAACAUCCACCACCGCUCAUCCUCAGCGCACCACAACAUGGCACCCUGGGUGCGGCGCAUAUUUCUGCACCAGCUGCCCAAGCUGCUCUGCAUGCGCAGCCAUGCAGACCGCUACACAACCCCAGGAGGCACAAAGGGGGGUGCAGGUAAAGCCGGGGCCAGGAUCACCAGAUGCAAGACGGCACAUCUCCUCUCCUCCGAGGAUGGACUGCAGGCAGCCCUGGAGUCCAUCCGCUACAUCACCAUGCACGUGGUUAGAGAGGAUGAGGUCAGAGAGGUAGUACAGAACUGGAAAUUUGUGGCUCAGGUCCUCGACCGAGUUUUGCUGUGGACAUUUCUCUUGGUUUCGGUGCUGGGUUCUGCCUUGCUCUUCAUCCCUGUUGUCUACAACUGGGCCAACAUUGUUGUCCCCAACUACGCUGGACAAAAGGGCUGAACUGUUUGGAAACAAACUAUAAAAUGAACUAUUUCUGCAAGACAUCAGUUUUACAUUUCAAGAGUAUUUUUCUUAGUCACAUUUUCUAAUAUAAUCAUCCAUCUAUAGUCUGUAUGUGUUAUAACAUAUGUUAAUAUACGAAUAUAAAUAAAAUCAAAUUUAUAAAAUGUUCCCAAUUUAAAAUUUCGACUUAUAUAGUCUGGUGUUUCAACUUAUAUA